GAGGAAGUUGCAAUAAAAGUCACCAACUUUGUACAACAUGUAGACAAUGACUAGCGCGACCGUAUAGGAGCUGCUAUGAAAUCUUCGGCGAAAUAAAGCAACAAGCCCUAGCUCACACGAAGAAAAUUCACGACUCCACUACACUAAAAAUGGCCGACAAAAAUUCCUCAAUCUCAACGGGCGAGCACAGGCUCGGCGGCAGCGUGAAGUGGUCGGGUGGAUUAGGUGCCAGCCUCGUGGGGAGCAGCGCGUUUUCCGAGAAACCGCCGGUCAAUCCCGCGUUACAACUACAGAAAAGCACGACUAGAUCCUCGCACAACAGCUCGAAACAAGGAGGAGGUGGUUAUCUCUCCUCUGAAAACAACAACAGCAGCAGUAAGAACCACUUAUCCAACUCCGACAUCGAUGUCUUCGCGCAGUUCAAUCAGCACCAGCAGGUUCGCAGGUUGAUCGGCAGCCGAGAUUUCGUCGGCGGGCUGGAGGGCACGCGACCGCCAACGAGUGAGGUGAUUGCGAACAGCCAAAACCAGAAUGCGAAUUUGAACAAAUCAAGCGCAUACAGGACGAUCAGAACGAAUUCGACACUGUCAAGAUCGAACACGAGGAAUGGAAGCAGUAGCGGCGCAUCAUCGUCUUCUUCAAGUAGCAGUAGCUCGGCCAGCGGUGCAGGAUCGUCGUCUUCUUCCUCUUCUAGCGCAGCUGGGGAAAUGCGGUCCAGCAAUACAAAUACAGCGACCAAUAGUACUUCUGCCGCGGGCCGGCUAACGGCCAACGAAAACGAAAUCAAUUUCCCACCUCCGCCCUCGCUUUGUUCGACCUUGGAGAUUGACGGGGUUAUUGAUAGCAAAGUUGGAGGUGGAACUGCGAGCAGUGGUACGGAUGUCGAUAAAAAUCAAGAAGUAGCUGCUUUUUCAAAAAAAUACAAGGCUGCUUUUCUACCUUCAAAGCAUCAUCAAGCAGACGACACGGAAUCCAAAAAACACGACAGUCUGGACCCAAAUUCCAUCGACAACGCAGCAAGGAUCAGCGACGAUGAAGAGGAUGAUACUUCCGACGGAGAGGACACGGAUGUCACGAAUCUAGACUUGUUACAGCACGGAAGAGGUGGACUUCCACAUGAAAGUAACAGCAAAGAGGAAUCGUCUUUAUUCCUGGAGCUCUCCGCCGAAGAUAUCUCCGCGGGGAACGGGUUAUCAAGUUUGUCAAAGCAGCUUGGGAGCGAACCAGAUGAGUUAGACGCGGGCGGGAAUAUCGACUUCUCCAUGCUGAACAACUCCGGCUUUAUUGCUGAUUUCGACCACUCUCCUGAUGAUCUUUCCUAUCAGCAGCAAGGCGGGGGACCACAAGCAGAUCUUUCGAACCUGCACCAGAGCAUGAGCUUCAUGCAAAGCGAUAACGUCGGAGGUGGUUACCGAGGAAGGGCUGUUUCGAACUCGAAUCAGCUCCAGCAGCACUCCUCCUCUGUCAAGCCUCCGCAUCAGACUUCCUAUCAACAGUUCCAGCAACAACAGAGCAUUUCGAAACGAUCAAAUCUUCCCGUGAUGUGGUCGGCGUUCCCACCGAGUACCGCAAACACGACGAGCUCUUCGUUCUUCUCGGCAUAUAACAAACACCACUAUUCUGCGGCAGACGGGGCUGAUUUUGAUUUCGCCACUGCGAACUUCCCGUCGCACGUUGGGGGUGUGAAGAGGGGAAGGAAAUUGCAACAGGCCGGAAUGAUGAAUAAGACAGUUUCCCACAUCCCGAAGAAUUUGGAGAAGCUGAACCUGCAGAAAUUAGGCUUCAACGACUCGGAUCUGGAUUUUCACACGAAAAAAUCCUUUCGGCUGACCAACCACGCGAUCCGACCGAGCGGGCCGAGCGUGGUCAACACAAGGACAUCGAAAAGUGGAACGGCGAGGAAUCAACUUUCUGGUGCGACAACCGGGGGCCACUUUUCUGCGAAUAGUAGUCUGCAUCAGCAACUGAGUAGUAGUUCUACGACAGGGUCGAACCUCCAUGCUGGUGGCGGAAGUCAUAGUACUACCGUGAACAAGCAACACUUCUCGUCAGCAAGCACCGCAAAUAAAACUACUACAUCCUCAGCCCUCGCUCCCGCCGGUGUUUCUUCGCACAUGAACUUGCUCGACUUAGACACGUUGGCGAAACGGUUUCCGAAGAAAGCGCGGGAAAUUUUGUAUCAAGUGAAGCAAGCCCGGCAGAAGUUUGAGCAACAAAUCAUCCAGCAGCAACGAAUUCAGCAGCGGAGGCAGUAUUUCGCGCAGCAAACGAAACAUUUUGGCGUCGAGGGGUUUUUCCUCGGGGAGACAAAACCGGUGAAGAAUAAACAUUUCUCCAACUCUAUGGGCUUCAACGUCCCCGCGAAUCUAGUCGGGAACAAGGACGCCAUCAUCCCACGACACGUUUUACGGCAGUUGCUUAAGGCGUUGACGGUUUCUGGGACGAACGGGCAAGCCGCGGUGGGGUUGGCGACCUCGGCUAUCGGCCCGACAACCGGGUACCCACAAAGCGAGAACAAUCGGGAAAGGGCCAGGUCUAUCAAAUGCAAAUAUGUCUGGGUCUGGAAACUUGUAAUGCUGCGUUGGGAAUAGUGAAUGCUCUGUAAUGCACAGGCAUGCAUGAGAAAUGUCUGCGCUUCUUUGUGUUGCGUUUUUCGCAUGACAAACUGCGUUUUCGCAUGACAGGCAAAAGGGUCUCUUCUUGGACACGCAUCACAAACUUUUAUUUUGGUCAUGCCAGACAAGCAUGACAAAUCUCGCAAUCUUCCAGACCCAGACACUUUUGCAUUUGAUAAGGUCGGUGUCGCCGGAGAUGCAGAAAUUCUCCGCCGCCGGGUACUACGGGAAUGCGAAGCCGAGACGGAGCAAUUUAAUGGUGGAAAUCAAAUACAAGGGAGAGCAGGUGGAGAAAGGGACUCACGAUAGCGCGUCAGUACUAGAGGAUCCGACUUUAUUACCUUCCACCCAAAAGUCGACCCGGUCCACAAGCAGAAAACGGGCCAGGUCGUUGGACAACGAUGAUUUUGCUGGCACAACGGCCUUAUCCUCUGCGAAAGUAUUGUACUCGUAGUAAUCGCAUUUAGGCAAUACAAAUUCCUUUCGUAUGGUAAAUCCGCAUGACAGAUUCCAUUUCUAUUUCUGAGGGAAUUUGUAUUGCAAUUACUACUAGUACGAUCGUUUUGCAAUUCAUACGCUUCGCCAGAAAAAGUUGUAGUCCACGCGAUGUUCGGAUCCAGAAGGGAGAACAUGAACUGCGGGCCGAAGUUGAAGCAGUUCCGGCACACGCUCCGGGUCGGCCGGUUUCUGGAAGCGCUGGACGCGACAAGCGAUUUUCUGGAGCAGAUCGGCGAUGGGGCCGGUGGUGUUGGGCCAUCGUCAAAUGGGUACAAUUUCUUUCAAAACGGGGGUGCUUAUUCCAGCAACCUCCACGACCACGUGUUGGAGCAAAAAAUGAUGGAGCAAAGAGCCAGCACGGCGGGGGUUUUGUUCUCCUCUGCAAUUUAUGCAUUGCAAAAGUAUAUCGUACUAGUAGGAAUACCAUUACAAAUUUUUCCAAAAGGAAAAACGAGAUUUGUAAUGCUGAGAUAGGUAUUGCUAUUAGAAACGAGACGUGUCAUGCUGUACUGCAAUUAGUACGAGUGCGAUGCUUGUUCAAUGCAUACAGUUCCGAGCACGGCAGUUGGGGCGAUGAGGAAUAAUCCACGAGCCGCUACCGCGGAUUUCGUCCCGAGUAACACGGCGACGAAAUCGGGCGUGCCGAUGAGAUUGAUCACCACUUCGCAUACAAACAAUUCCUCGAAGGUAAGUACGGCGAUCGGGAACAACAACGGUGAUCGUAGAGUGCGCAGUUUGUCGCCGCCAAAUUCCGUUUCCACCAAACCAAAUACCAGAGAGUCAACUGCAGGAACCACUGGGUCUAGCGCCGGAACUGGCAAUUUAUCGUUGAAAAAUAUCGUUCCUGGUGGUGGUGCGAAAGGACAUAAUGCUACAAAGAAGUUAAGCGACGGGAUCACACCGCCGAACAGCAUCCGAUUCCAUGACAAGUCCGGGCGGCAGAUUCUGGAAGACGAAGUGUGCCACGGGGUAAACAUCAACCCAGGUGGUGGAACAUCCGCAGAUGACAAUUCCUACUCGGGAGUUGGGGUGGAUAACUCUUCUGCGCAGGAGGGACAAAACUCACCCGUGGAUUUCAACGAAAAUCCUGCAAACAUCGCUGUGUACGAACCAGUGCCGCAGCAGUUGACGAGUCCAGUGACGCAGCAGUUGCUGAAACAGGAUUUGACCGCGCAGGAAGAAGCGGAGCUCCGCGCUCUGCAAAGUGCCAACACGACGGGGAGUAACUUUUUCAACCACUCUAUGGCCCCGGGAGCUGCUGGUGCCCCAGGAUCUUCACUUCAGCAGACUCCAGCCAUAGCUUCUGCUCCGGUUCCGCACUACCUAGCCGGUGCGAAAAAAUUCACCCGCGCCGCUGUCGAUGCGACGCGACGGGAGAUUUUUGACGACGGGAACAAUGAUCAGGUCGCGGAAGCAGAUUCGGAGGACGCAAAAUUCGAACAGUAUCUGAAGAUGAAGAAAAACUCCACGGUUUUGCAAAAGAACAAAUUGGACAAGUGGUUGGAGCAAAGUCCAGUUGCUGGCGCUGCGGGAACGACCAGUAAGGAGCAGGAUGGACCACAAGCUCUUUCUCAUGCGCAAUUGCAAGACCAAGCGGGAAGAGGUGCAAUAGUUCCGGGUGCUGGGCCUGCUCCAGGCGAUCCUCUUCUCCCAGGAAACGGCACUGGAAAUCCCUCCCCCUUCGCACAGCAACUUUACAAUGCGCAGUUGCAGCAACAGCAGCAGCAACAACAGUUGCAACAUCUCCAAACAACCAGUUUGAUCAACCAGCAGGUGAAUCCGAGCACCGGAAAACCGUACCCGGUCCACCUCUCCCCCAUGAGCAAGAUUGUGCAGCGGAGACUACUGCACAACCCGUAUUCCACCGGUUUACCGACUAGCUUGCCCGAUGCGACCUACCGGCGGGGAGAUAAUUUGCAGGCCUUGAACCAGAAAACGCCCUGGUUUGACGAGCAUGAAAAAUCCUUGUGGUUAGAUGAGGACGAGGGGAAAGACUUUGUGGAUGCGAAUUACGCAACCUCCUCUGGUUACGGUAGUUCCAAGCAGAACGUGAAUAAUUUCAACACGAAAGGUAUUAAUCGCGGGACGUCGAAAAAAAAGAAAAGCGGGGACAACUACAGCAACAACACUCACACAGCUGGUCGGGGGCAACCGUUACUGAAGGCAUCCUACACCUGGAAUCGGCGGAAAAACCACGAAGAAUCUCUAGUAAUCGACAUCCCGGGCUUGCAAGCGAGAAAGGCGAAGGUGGAAGUUCUACCUGCGAAAGAUAUGACGAGUUACGCAAAAGCGGUUGCAAAACAGGAGUCGGUGUCGCCGAAAAACAAGCAGAAAGUUCUUGGGUCGAAGAAGGUGAAACCGGUUAGAGAGGUCGACCCCGCGGAGUCCUUGCAGAAAGAUUUGGCUGAGAAAUUGAAGAACAAAGCCGCGACGAAAAAUACAAGGACGACUUCUACAAGUAAAGAAAAGGCAGAAGGUGAAGGUCUUGGUUCACACCAGUUCCCUACUGUUCCAGCCAAUUCUACAACUCAAGCUGUGCUUUCCAAGGAGCAACUCUCCACCGGCGGGAACUCUUCGAUGAUUAUCCUGCCCGACGAGCAGAGCACCACCCUGGCGGCCGGAAAGGUGAACAACAUGUCUAUGCUGCGGGAACACGACGAGUCAGCGAAGUUCGCCACGACGCAGGUGGAUGUAGUCAAAGCUUUAGAGGGCUCGAAGUGGAAAAAGUUAUCGGAAAAUAACCAAGCGGAAAACAACGAUAUGGACAACUUGGUUUCCUCCAUCGUGACCAGCGUCUACAUGGGGAGUCAGCAUGGCGGCGCGCCUGCGGGGUCGUUGGACAAGACGCACUCUUCGAUCCAUUUGAACGACAAAAACGGCUCGUUGCUAUCCGUGUUUGAGUUCCCGACGAAUUCCACUUCGGGUGUGCUUCCGGCUGCGAAUGUUCUUGCGCAGCAAAACCCCAUGAAGGGUCGGAAAAUUUCCGUGCACAGUCCGACUGGGGUGGUGAUCUCGCCAAAAGCCGGUAUGACUCGGGAGCAUGGCAGCAGUCGGAGUCCGAAAAAGCACCAGGCUUCAACGGCUUCGCAGGAGGACCAUUUUACGAACAGCUCUGUGCAAGACAGCAUGGAUUUGCACGACAGCCACGUGUUUGGCGAGAAUUCACAGGAAGGACCGUAUUACUCCCGGGAAUAUAACAACAGUGCGAACCAGAUGCACCAUGCGAGCACGCAGAAUUCCACUCACAGCACACAAUUCUUGGAUUCCGCACGGACGACAAAAACGCAAAUUUUCGCGAACGCGGGAACAGCGGCGCAGAGGUUAGCCAGCCCAGCGGCCCGGAGGGCUCUCGGGCGGAGCUCCUUUCGUGGUAUCAGCACGGCGAAUGGCGGGAUGCAAGCCGGGGCUACAAGCUUGAACCAACAAGGUCCAAUCACUGGGGGUAGACGGACAGGGACCGCUCCGGCGAAAACGGUGGUGGAUAAGAAUUUUGAAAGAACCUUGAACAUCAACUCGGCUACCGACGGGACGGAUUUUUUCAUGCUAGCACCCGGUGGAGGUAGAAGCCGGACGAACACAGGAGAACAACUCCUAGCUUUCGACAGAACGCGGAGCAACUCACCUUUGUUCCAGUCGAGACCGGGGACAAAUCCGAAUCUGAUGACAAAGUCCCCGCUCAACACGACGCUCCGCGACCAGAAGCUCCGGAGCACGCGAGCGCAGGUGUUGGCGGGUCAACAGAUGCUAAAUUCUCCGUCGCCAACGCGAGGAACAGGAAAUAGUAACAGCCCAAGACGGAACAAAUUGAACUCCCGGUCCUCGAACACGGGUGCGGGUGGUGGUUCUAUCGCGGAGAAUGGAUUUGAAACAAAUCCAGGAGACCGAAGAAACCUGUCCACACCGAAUAACACCCUCGCUUUUCAGGUGCACAAGCAGACCAUCGAGCUGGCUCUUGAGCAUUCCGUCGCGAUGAACCGAAGAUCAGAAAACAGCCGAUCUCGGUCGCCGAACAUGCGGGUGAUGCAGCAGUUGCAGCAGCAGCAAAACAAGCUCCCGCCGAUCGUGCAACAGGCGGGGAUAACGACGUUGCAGAGACAGCAGGAACAAAAUCAAAACACCAGGGAUCAUCGGUACUCGCCGAGAACGACAAACACGAAUUCGAGCCACGCGUACAACGACCCGAACAGCGUCCCGAUCACGGAGCAACAGGCGUUGAACGCGCUGCAGAAGCUGCAACUUAUCCAGUGCACCAAAAGUAUCGUACUUGUAAUAAUUGCAAUAUAUGCAUUACAAAUCUCCAUCCCAAGGUAAAACAGCAUGACAAAUUCCAUUUGUCAUCAUGCUGAGGUAAAAUUUGUAAUGCAAUUUUACUACUACUGCGAUACUUUUGCAAUUCAUACAACUGCAGGAACAGCACAACCAGUCGCCGAAAAAGAAAAAGAAGAAAUCCCUGGUGCAGAUUUCCGCGAUACAGCUACAAGAGCGGCAGAGUCCGGUGAAGCAGGUGAACCCAGACUUGAUGUCGGAGUCGGAGCAGAACAUUUGGAAACGGAUAUCAUAUGUAAAAACGUCCCCACUGCAACCAUAGUCAGGUUGGGAAAUCUGCAAGACAAAUCAGCAAGCUUUGGCUGUUGCGCAUGACAAGUUUGGCUUCGUGGUGUAGUCCUGUUAAGCUAGUUCAGCAGCGUCACAGCCCUAGCUUAUUGAUCCUGGCCGAAGCAUAACAAAUUCCGAAAAACGACUAGAAAACGCUCCUCAUGCGGCUCCGCAUGAGAAACAUUCUGAGCAUGCAGAUUUGCAUGACAGCUACGGUGUCGUGGGUACGUUUUUACCCAGGAUAACGGAAACAGGCCCGGAUGUGGACGUCGAGCAACAGCCCUUCGUCCACACAGUAUUCCAAUUGGACAAACUCGAAUUAUGUGAAUGGGAGUUACAACGGAUUGUUUUCCAACAUUCCCUUCUCCACCAGCCGGGCCGGCACAGCGAUCUCGGUUCGGUCGCAGGACGAACGGCACGAGGCGAUUAAUGCAAGCGCGAAUUUAUUGGAGUCGGAAGUGAUCGGAGUCGGACCGGGGGAGGAGGACAACUUCACCGGGGAGAGUAAUGUGUUCCCAGUACGAGAUUGCACAACUCCCCCUCCCCUCAUUUGUUUGUCAUGAACAGCAAUACAAACACCAAGAUACGUGCAGACUGAGCAUGACAAAAUCACGCUCCGACUGUAAUACUGUUUGGGCUUCCAGAAUUUGUCAUGCAAAGAGUGCUACAAGGCAGCAACUGGAUUUCGGAUCUUGCAUUACAAAUGAGGGCGAGGGGGAGUUGUAGUGCACUGUCAUACCCAGCGGUUAUGAACGACAACGGAUUUAUCGAGCUGUUUCCCGGUGGUCACAGUAACACUACCUUCGGAGAAAUGGAGGGAGAUCUGGUCGGGGUGGAGACCGAUCAGGAUCCGGCGACGCUGUCGUCUUCGUUUGAAGAUGGGAAUGCAAAUUAUGGCGAUAAUAGCAGCAAUACCGAAGAACAAUUUGCCGCGCAGCGUGGAGGUGGACCACCACGACCUGCAGGAGAUAGUGCAACUACUGGAACUACUUCGAGGGCCACGGAGAACAGGUUCGCAGCCGUCCAAGGCGGAGGUCUGGCGGAACAGAAUAUAAUGCAGAAUCCAACAAUGAGGACACCUGCCGUAGCGGCGCAGCAGCCCCAAUCGCACAUCCGAAACGAGCAAGACGUAUUAAAAUCAGGAUUUUUCAUUUUUGGCUAGUCAUGAUGAAAAUAACAUGUUUUUUCAGUGUGUAGUUGCAUGACAAAGUUGUGUUGUGGUCGGACAUGGUUCCAACAUUUUUCCCCGAAUGCAGUGUUUAGCGAGCCCUAUUCUGGCUACCCGGGAUUCGCGCUGAUCUUUAUCUUAGGCCGGGGCGCAAGCAGUGCUCGCGUCGCAGGCGCUGUUCCAUGGCGACUCCCAUCCCUCCUGGCCGGCCGGGGGCCCGAAACGGCUAAAAACUAUUGGCGUGGGUUUUGUUUGUCAUGCGCAUCGUGCAUGAGCAAUGACGAAGACGGGGAUUUUGUCAUGCGUGAGAGGCAUACUCACGGCACUUUGUCAUGCGGGAAUGAAUGUGAAGGCGCUGUUCCACGGCGACUCCCAUCCCUCCUGGCCGGCCGGGGGCCCGAAACGGCUAAAAACUAUUUCGCCUACGGGUUACUUAGGUAGUCAAAGGCUCAUGCAUGUCGACCUUGGGUAGUACAGAAGUUGUUGCUUCUGGGAUUUGCCCGAAUUUGUGUUUUUAGCGACCCCUAUUCUGGCGACCUAGGGCGGUCGAUGUUUUCGUAUAGUAGACCGGGCGUUGCCUUGAGAAGUCAGGUGCAGCGCAGGCUUGGCAGCCUUGGUCUGCUGCCGUUGGUACGCGGUUCGCCCGUGCGCCCGCAGCAGAGCCAGGCCACCGACUCCUGUCUGCUCACCGGUCGGCGGCCCGAAAUGGCUCAAAACUAUUGCGCGCGAUGCUGUUUGUCAUGCGCAUCGUUCAUGAGCAAUGACGAAGACGAAGUUGUCGCGUUUUGUGGGAUUUUGUCAUGCGUGGGAGGCAUACUCACCGCACUCUGUCAUGCGGAAAUGAAUGCGAAUGUGAAAAAAACAUCAAAACUACAUCAGAUGAUGGAUUUCCUGCAGUCGAAUAUGGACCAAGACUUCGUGGAGCGUAUCAAGAGAAAAAAGGGUGUAAUCGGAGUCAUGCACUACAAAUUUCUUUCUCGAGGUAAAUCGGCAUUGCAAAUUCCAUUUCUCAUGCUGAGGAAAGUUGUCAUGCAGUAUAUAAUACAAGACAGCCAGACACCACUUUCUGACUUUGUGAUACCGCUCCCCAGCCGCGAGCGGAAAACCCGCAAGAAAAACAAGAAUCUGUUGCUGAAAGAGCAGCAAGCUGGCGGAGGUUCUGCUUUGGCGAGUACGAGCGGAAACGGGACGAGUAAGAGCAGCGGGCUCUUCGCCGUGCAGUCGCCACAGGGAAAGAGGAGUUAGUAAAGGAAGGAGAAUAUUUUUAAGCGGACUUCGUGUCGUGUCCGGCCGUGCAGCUGUGUGCGAAAAUGAUGCAAACCAUGAUAUCAGCUUUGCUUUGUCAAAAUUAGCAGCUAGAUUUUUACAUCAGGUUCUUAACUACAGAACACCGGAACUUCGACGUCAAAAUUAGGUUCGGCAAAUAAGUUUCCCAGAAAAUAAGACCAUUUGUAGGAUUGACAUUGCAAUAAAGAUGCAGAUUUGAGCACUCUAGGAAUGUAAGAUAAGAAGAACAUUAGGAUUCGGGCCCGUGAAAAACGCUUUUUGCUGUAAAAACCUUUACUGUGACAACAAUCCCUUUGAUGCCGCGAGGGACGAUGUUGAAAAAUUCAUAUCUGUACACUAAGUGCGAUUUCGGCUGUAGGGCUGAAGCGGAAAUAUAACUUGCGGAUGCACGACACGACGGAAACAGUUUGAACGCUGGGCUUUUUCGGUGGAAGUGAGUAAUUGUGUUCCUCCACCACUACUGUAGUGGCUAGGCUCGACCACGUCUAGCAAUUGUCUUUCUUAAUAUCGGUGAGCACUUUUCAUCUGGACAGCUUUUCCAGUUGCAGAUUUUCACGAAUUUUUUCAGAUUUUGACAAUAAGCAAUAAGCACAAUACAGAUAGUAAGUAUAGUACUGCC